AUGAAUAAUUGCAGCGUGAUGCAAAACGGUUUUCAAUUUGCAACCGGUGAAGGUCGCUGCAUUACAUUUUUAUUUUAUGGUUGGAAUGUGGAUAGCCAUGCUAAAUAUGCAGCUUCAAUUAUUGGAGUUUUUUGUAUGAGCGUCUUAAAUGCCGGUUUAGGUUACAUUCGUCAUCUUAUAAACGAUCAUUACGAAAAUAAUCCAUAUACACUAUCACAUCACAUAUCUUUAGCAGUGGUUUACGGAGUUCAAAUGGUACUUGCCUAUUGGUUGAUGUUACUGGUGAUGACAUAUGAAAGUGGGAUUUUUAUGUCGCUUAUUUUCGGUCUUAUUAUUGGUUAUUUUGUUUUUGGUUAUAUUCGAGCAAGAAAUCUUCUCGCAAGUAAAACACUAAUGCCUACCUCUUAUUCAGCAUAUGAUAAUCAAUUCAAUAAUACCCCGUGUUGUCAAGCGUUCACUUAA